UAAGUUAUAUCAUUUGAUUGCAUGUGGCGAAUGAUAUUACGAGUGGAUUCAUUAACACAAGCUUCAAUUAAAUCAUUUCCGAUAAAAAAACUUGUUAAUUAUAAAAGUAAACUUCAGAGAAAAAUUGGUUUAAAGAUAUUUCAAUGAGAAAUGGAAAGAAUUGGACAAAUUUAAUCACCUGAUUUGCGUUUUUUCUCAAAUUUCUUAUAUGAAUUCGAAAACUUCUUGAACAUUCAGAAAAAGAAGAAGAACUUAAUUACAUAAAUAUAGAAACAAUGCAGCGUCCCAUAAUUCAACAGCAAGAACGCCAUAUGGGAUUCAAUAAUCGUUCAAGAAUAUACGAUGGGAAAAUAGCUGGGCUGUAUGAUCUUGAGGAAACAUUGGGUUCAGGUCAUUUUGCUGUUGUAAAACGUGCACGUCAUGUCUUCACUGGUGAAAAGGUUGCUGUAAAAGUUAUCGACAAAACUAAGCUAGAUGAUGUUUCUAAAGCUCAUUUAUUCCAGGAAGUGAGAUGUAUGAAACUCGUGCAACAUCCCCACGUCGUUCGACUGUAUGAAGUUAUAGAUACGCAAACAAAAUUAUAUCUAAUUUUGGAGUUAGGCGAUGGUGGAGAUUUGUAUGAUUACAUAAUGAGACAUGAAAGUGGACUUUCUGAGAAAUUAGCUAAAGAAUAUUUUCGUCAAAUCGUUCGUGCAAUUUCUUAUUGUCAUCAAUUGCAUGUUGUUCAUCGUGAUCUCAAACCUGAGAAUGUUGUAUUCUUUCAAAAAUUAGGCGUAGUGAAGCUUACUGAUUUUGGAUUUUCUAAUAAGUUUUGUCCUGGACAAAAGCUUGAAACAUCUUGUGGAAGUUUAGCAUAUUCAGCUCCAGAGAUUUUGCUUGGUGAUAGCUACGACGCACCUGCUGUUGAUGUAUGGAGCUUAGGAGUUAUACUUUAUAUGUUAGUUUGUGGUCAGCCUCCAUUUCAAGAAGCUAACGAUUCGGAAACGCUUACAAUGAUUAUGGAUUGUAAAUAUUCAAUUCCAAAUCAUAUUUCAGCUGGUUGUAAAAAGUUAAUAAGUGUUAUGUUAGUUCGGGAACCAGAAAAGCGUGCAACUCUCCAACAAAUAUCAGUUGACAGUUGGUUAAAAGACGAUGAAAAUCCAAAAUCUGAACCACAGCAACCCGAAUAUCUUCCCCUCGUAAGUAGAGAACAAGUCAGUGAUGAAGAUCAUUCAUUGAUUGUUCAAAAAAUGGUGAAUGGGAACAUUGCACAGAAGGAUGAAAUUUUAGAUGCUCUCGACCGUAAUGAAUAUAAUCAUAUAACAGCGACGUAUUUCCUUUUAGCAGAAAGAAAGCUUCGAGCUUAUCGUCACGACCAUACACAUCAUCAUAAGAAAAGAAAUGACAUGUCACUACCACUUUUAUCACCAUCAUCGUCAUCAUCAUCUUCUUCAAGAAACCAAAGUUCGAUAACGCGAGAUGAACAUGAUAGUAAUUUAUUGCUUAUUCCUGAUAUAAUGAAUGCACCAAGAACUCCAGGAGCUGAAAGUGCACAGAAAGGAAGAAAUCGUAAAUGUUCGAUAGUGCAAGAAGAAGAAUGUGACGACGAAGAGGCUGAACCUUCUUCGCCUUUAAAUCGUCGAGGUUCGAGAUCUGAAGGUCGUAUUAAUGUAACCGUCCAAGACUGUUUAACAGCUGAAGUUGCUGAACGUAUAAAAAGGGAGCAAAGUAUUUUGAGGAAACAUUCAAAUGAAGCCGAGCAGCAUUUGAAGGAAAAGAAUAAAAUCAGUAUAAUUGAUGGAAUUGUGGGAAUUAAAAUUAUUAAAAAUGAUCAUAACAAGGAAAAGUUUUUGGGUCAAGCCGGUUCUGGAAAUAAGAAAGGCCUUCAUUUGUGCUCCGUUGAUAAAGUUCGUCCAAACUUUUCACGUCCAAAUGAUGUGAAAUUUCUAAGUGAAUCUUCAACAAUCUCGAUUCCUGCUAUCAAUAUAUCUUCAACACCUUCCAAUCAAAUCAUAAAAACUUUCAAAACAAUGCCUUCUCCUAUCCGAAUAAAUGUCACAUCUGAACCACCUGAAGGAUGUAAGAAUAACUGCUUGAAAGAAAUUUUUGAAGAGUGUGAUGCUGGUUCAUCCGAUAAUAAUAGCAGUAACACAAACACUCCACAACCGAUAACGAGAUCGCAAGCGAAUGCUACACAUCGUCGAACGAAAUUCCAUAAAUCGCGAACAACUUCAGGAAGUUCCACUGAUGGUUCGGAUGAUGAUAAAUCUGAGAAGAAAAGGGCAACAAAGAUUAUAGAUAGCGGGAUUGCUAAACAAUUUACGCAGCGGAGAGAUUCUCAUGACGAUUCGAGUGAUUCGCAAGAUCCAGGAACGGCUUGUUCAGGAAACAAUAAUGCAGGAAGAUCUCUUAGACAUACUACAAACUCUACGACAUCAAAUAAACAAGUUGGCUCUUCGCAGUCGGGAACAGAUGGACAAGGAAAUCGUGAAAAAACUGCUACUCACUCAACAGAGCUCGGAUAUAGAAAACAUCGGUCUGGUCGAAGACGACAAACGGAAACACGACUUCGAGAAAGUCAAUCGUUAAAUAGAAUCACAGAAGUUCAAGAGUGUGAAAACAAUAGUAAUCUAAAUGGAAUAAAUGUAAGUGGAGUUCAUGAAAAGAUUCAAAAUAUUCAAAAAUCACUAGAAAAAUCGCUUAUUUUUAAUAAGAUUUUUAAUGAAGAUGCGACGAAAAAGAAAUUCGCUCUCAAUUGCAAAAAUGCUGAUCCAAUAGUAAAUACUUCAUUUUUAUUUAAGUCUAGUAAGAACCAAAACAUUAGUAAAACGAAUAGUAAAGAAAUUAUGACGUGGACUCUGUUAAUGCAAAAAGCAAUUCAAAACUAAAGCAUAAUUAAUGCAAUUAUUGUGAGUUUCCUCUGCUUAAACAAACAUACAUAUUUAUGGAUUUUAAAAUCAAAGAAAAUGAUGAAUAUCUAAUUAUGGAAUAUACAAAUGCUAAUAACAUUGAUCAAAAUCAGUUGUUAUGCUAGUCUAGAUGUGUUGCUUUCAUUCAAGAACAAGAAAAAGUUCACAUUUCCUUUCAUGUCUAAUAAAAAAUUACUUUUUCCUGAUUUGCAGUUCUGUUUUAUUAAAAAGUAUAAUAGACAGAGUAAUUAUCUACGUUUUAAAAGAAACAGAGAAAUUUAAUAACAAAGUAAAUAUCAAACAUAAAUAACGUAGCAACGUUCUAAACUGUGUGAGUAGAUGAAAUCAAACCCAGACUUCAAGCAAGACAAGCACGUGAAUGCAAUCAAUUUAUGUUCGAAUAAUUGUAGUUUAUUAUUUAUGCAAAAACUCUCGAAAAUACAGUGAAAUUGAUGAAAAAUCAUCCAUCGAAUGUAAACUAAAUGAUUGGUUCAGGUGAAACGAUAAAGAACCGAUGCAUCUGUAUUAUCUCUCUAUUCAAAUCUAUUCCAAUUAUUUUCCAAUAAGUUUUUACUUUUAAAGUAUUAAAUAAGUUCUUAAAAAAAAGAAUAAUCCUAAGCAAAGAAAACCUGUUGUAGGUGAAUUAAGUUGUUGUUUUGAGCCUUAACACUGGAAUCUAAGAUAUGUUGUCUUCAUUUUCCUUUUACUAAAUUCGUGUUGUUUCCUUUCAAUAAUAUUUGAAUGAUUUUAAGCUAAACUCUUGUUAAUAAAUUAAUGAAAUUUGAUUAUGCAUUACCGAAAGGAUGAGUGCUUCAUUUUAAUUGAUAUUUUUAUCUCUGGUUUCUUUAUUAUCUAUCUUAAAAUUAUCUGAAGUUAUUAUGUGUAAAAUGUGAAUUAAUGUGGAGGUUUAAUUGAGCAAAGCUUACAAAAAAUCACACCAGUAGAAUAUUUAGCUAAUAAUCUACCAAUUUUAAAAAUGUUAUCUUGUCGAGAUGACGAGAUAAAUAAUUUGUAAAAUUUAAUUUUGUAAUAACAUUAAGUACGUGGUUAUUAUAUCAAAUAGAAAUGAAUGUUUAUUAGUUGUAAAACCAUCGUAAUAUUCAGUAACAGGUUCUAUUUUGGGUUUUAGAAUAAAAUUAUUCAAAUUGAAAAAAUGGUAAUAGAUAUAAAAAGUUUUAAAGAAUCUCAAUUUAUAUCAGAAUAUAUUUAUAUCAUUUGUAUAUAUAUCUACUUAAUGAACAGUAAAGUUCAGACAAAAAUUGUAUAUGUAUGUUCUUUUCCAUCUUUGUAGAUGCACAGAAGCUGCAAUAG